AUGAUACCUCAUUUGUGCCUGGUUCUCUUGACUUUAAGCCUAACAACGGCAUUUCCGCUGUCAUUUAUGUGUGAUCAUGUGUGUAGCAUCCCCCAGGGGAUGGUUAAUGAGGCAACACAGCUGUUGAGAUAUGGGUGUCACUGCAUUGGAGGAGAUUAUACGCCAUCCGAAAACUCCACAACCACAACCGCCAUACCACCAGGGCCACAGAAUCCCCUCCUGAAGAGAGCUGGAGGCACUGAUCCAGACUCACCUGCUUACCCGCCCAUGUUGACAAUGUGCGAGCUGCUCUGCAUGCUACAGAUUGGCGGUGAUGCGUGUCAAUGCAGCGCUCCGCUGGUUCCCGGGAGAUGA